AAGUAGUUAAAAACACACAACUUUAUUGUUUACUCUGGUUCCUGCACUACAAAAUAACCUGAGCUACUGGGAUGUUCUCAAGAAAUGGGCUAAUCUGUGCAGCUCUGUUGACAUGCGACCCCGCCAGUUGCUGCAUUAACACCCGUGUCUAAUCUGCUGCCGGUGAACUCCUGCCUCGUGGACGCUCAUUGUGUGCUCACGAGCACCAAGUUGUUGUUGAUAUGAUGGCCCGUUAUCUGUUGGUUAAUUUGCAACGGGAUAUGUUGGUGGGAGAUUAUAUAACGGUGUUGGGUGUUUACGCCAAACAUUACAUGUGACUCCUAGUGGAUCGAAUGCCUCUGUCUGCUCAGAUCUGCAUUUCCUCUGUGUGUGCGGAUGUUUGUGUGAUGCCCGGGGCAAUGCGGUGGGUGGAGGCUCAACACUGCCCAGCACAUCCUCCAGAUAAGACCUAUCUGCACAUGGCGGUUGAUGUCAAGGCCAGAAAGUGCAGCGGCAUCUUACUUCAAUUGUUGUGGCCUGGCCUUUUCUUCUCCAUGACUACCAGAAAAAGCCAUAACAUUUGCAGAUUGGGGCUAAAGGCUAAAAGCUUGCUUCUUUCAGGUAAACUGACAGAUUGCAGCAAAUAGUGCUCGUAGAUGAGUUAAUAGCACUACCAACAUGUGAUUUGGAAGCUCAAAGUCCCCAGGAAGAUCCUGAAUGUUUAAGGAAUUCUUUCCUCAAACAUUUCUAUUCUGAGUUUUUUAAUCCUUGGACACAAAAGACGCUAAAGAGGUUGACAAACAGUGGCGGGAUGAUGUGGUUUCUAAUUUUUCUACUUCCACUGGGGGGCAGCAGCAGGAUCAAGACACAGGAAACCCCCCACUGGGGAAAACACAAUCAUGAGGACGCAGUUGCCGUGACAACAAGACCUUACAUCUACCGCUGCCGCUCGCCCAACAUGGAGGAUUUCACAUGCUGGUGGCACCCUCUGGACAACCUGACAGGCGGCGAGGAGAUCACCUACCUGCUCACAUACUCCAAAGACAAAGGGCCCAGAUACGAGUGUCCUGAUUACACAACUGGCGGGCCCAACAGCUGCCACUUUGACAGGAGUCACACAUCUGUAUGGACGUCCUACUGCAUGAAUGUGACCGCCAUCACGCCCCAGUGGAACUACACGUCCAAGGGGCUCUGCCUGGACGUGGCAGACAUCGUUGAAACAGAGGCUCCGAUCAAUCUGACCUUUGUCCUGACUGACGCUGGCAAAGAUGAGACAGGCCACAAUGUCCGGCUGUCCUGGGUGUACCCAAAGCCCGAGGACCUGCAGUACGGCUGGAUCACGUUGGAGUAUGAGAUGCAGUACCGACAAGUUACUGAGCCAGACCGCUGGAAGGUGAAGCAUCCUUUAAGGGAGCCCCUUGUUGAGCUGCUAGGCCUCCGUGUCGGUGAUUACGUGGUACGGGUUCGCUCCCGGUCGCACAAUAACGGACUGUGGAGCAAAUGGAGCUCCCCGCUGUUGAUGAACAUCCCUGACCGCCUAUCCUCAGGCACACCCACAGGUAAAGUCCUGGUGCUGAUUCUGGUUAUGGGGGUCGGUGUUGUGGCUUUGCUUGUCUUCACCUUUGGGAUCAUGCCACACAGCAAAAGAAUAAAAGAGUAUUUCUUGCCGGCCAUCCCGAAGCCACGGAUCAUGGGCAUUGACCCACUGCUGCUGAAGAAGGGUCACUUGGAAGAAAUCAACCGGCACUUUAGUAACUUUCAUGGCUACAGACCCCCGAGUUACUCUGAAGAAGCGUGGGAUCAUGUGAGCGCCGACGAGCUCUAUGUGACUGCACCAAAGGACUUGAGCACCUUGAAGGGGGCCUUGAAGUUUCCUAGCCACCUGACACCUCUCUCUGCCACGCAUUCUAUACCUAUCCAAAACCCAGUGUCCUACGUCCAGAACGUUUCGCCCUAUUGCACUUCCCCACCUGAAGCUUUUGCCCCAUUGCUGGACGCGCCUCCCCUCUGGCAGGCACCAGAGAUCGUUUCUGUGCCAGGAACAGACUACAGCAUGAUGGAGCAUCCCGCCCUGGCUAACACCAUUCCAGCUUCCAGUCCAACUGCGUGCAUUGCCAGCCACUCACCGCCACAGGAUUUCUACACCUGCGUGGAGCUCCUAAAGGAUAGUGGGGAGGUGCAUCUGGUGCCAUGUUUGCCACCAGCAUACUGCAGGGAGUUUCUGCCCUUCCCGAGCAUUGAGUUAGCGGCCAAAGAUGAGAAAAAGAAGCUCGUAGAGUUUCAGGUUCAAAGGAGCACGAUAAAAGAUCCUCAGGCAGAGAGGAGCGAAGCAACUGUGCCUCUGCUGCCUGUUUCUGUCGCAGACACUGGCUACGUUUCCGCUUGCUAAAGGUCCGACCUAGCUUCAAAAAAGUGUCUGAAGACAAGCUGUGUGUGGAUAUAUUAACACUUUUGAUACUGUCUUUGUGUUUGAACAUGUUGAUAUUUUCAAAAGAAAACCCUCCUCAGGACCUAAAUGUCUUUCUGCGUUUAGUAACUUUGGUCACAUAGACUCUUUUUCACUAUGAGGGACCAAAGCAGUGAAUGCUAACGUUUUUGAUGUCAACAUCAUGUGUACAAACUAAUUUUGGAGGAAAAGCCAAAAAAAAAAAAGCACUGGUAACAUGAACUGCUGGAUCUCUUGAUUGCGUCUUUGUUGCCUGCAUUGGUUGAUGAACUUGUUCUUCGUAUGACCAGGACAAAACAGUAUUACUUUUUAGGCAUUUUUACUAUCAAAUGCAAACACUAAAAGAAAGGGUUUCAACAAUUGACAGUAUAAGAGACCUUGACGGAGCAAGUUUGACAUAAUCCAUAGAAAAUGUCUUGCUUCUGACUUACUUCAGUACCGAUUUCUGUGUGAUACGGAUGCUGCCAUGUUGGAGCCAGACUUUGUCAGUAAUUAGUGAUUGGUCUAAGUCGGUAUGAGUCAAUGUUUCUUUGGGAACCCCUCUUACCAACCAGGACUGAGCUUGUUGGAAGUCCACACCCCUACCACUUUAAAGCAGGCUACACAAAAUCUGUAAAUCAAAUGUUUUAUUUUGAAUGUUUGACAUGAUACUACCUACUUUAAUGGAGGCAUCUGAUUGGUCAGUUUAAAACUUGAAUAAAAAUCAAUAAAUAUUGGAUUAGCAAAUUCAUGUAAAAAAAAAGCAGGUAUCGCACCAAGAAUGGUUAUUAUGACAGAUAGAAUGACUGAGUAAUAUCUGUUUAUUUCUCAGUAGAAAUCUAUGGGAUUUGGGGUUCUUGGAGCCAGGAGGUACUUCCUGUUUGGAACACAAGGGGGAAGGGUUACUCAGUCCAGUUCUCAUAUACAGUCAAUGGCUUCUAUGAGUACUAAAGCAGGAGUAAUUCUUAAAAAAAAAACUACUAGAAACUGCUGGAUGCUCUUUGUUCACGCUUUCCAUCCACAAUUGGACUAAUAAACAGAAGCUAAAACUGUUUCUGCAUUGCCUGAGCCCUACCAAACCGCAAUCCAAGCUGUUAUAAAGUAAACCAUCCUUCAACUGCCCCGAUGAUUAGAAUAUAACCCCUCAAAGAGGUUGUUUUGAAUUUAAAAGGCGUAAAACUGUCAAUAUGUGCAAUGAAAUUUAUGGAUUCAGUUUAAUCUUUCAAGAUUAAAGUGUCCUAAAGAGACAAACUUUUGUAUGAAAUAUAGAAUGGCAUUUCUGAAAGGAGGUCAUUUAAACUUUUUGGGGGUUUUUUUGCAGGUCAAAGAUAAGAUUUUGGUUUAAACCAAACCAAAUUGUUGCAACUAUUCUUUAUAAUAUUUGUAGGUCAACUUUACAGGAUUUAAAGACUUCAAAGUUUUAUAAAAAUUGUGUUUGGCUUGAUUUAUUUUCGGCAUAAAAUGGAAUGGGAUGGGGAGGUUUAAAACCUAAAUUGUUUUUCUAAAAAAUAGGGGCUGCCCUUUAAUCUUUUUUUGGCUGUUUUUUUAUAAGUAUAAUUUUGUCUAAUUACAAACAUUUUAUUUUGAAAUUUGCCCACCUGGAAUUGUUAAACACCUACAAUUCCCUUAGGAUUAAUUAUACCAUAUUUGUAAUCCCUCUUUCCUCCGAUUAUCUUAAUCUUGCUUUCUAUUAAAGGUGUUUAAUAAAAGAAAAACAACUUCCAACACAAGCGGAUAAAGCUCAUUUUCAUGGCCCCACAUGCGCAUAGAUAUGCAUAUUCAGGACCAGUCUUCAUGCCUUGAUGAUUUUUCUGCUGGCACUUACACGUAAAUCUGUGAUUAUCGUGAGCACGAUUGUAAUAUAAUCCUUGUGUUAGUGUCUCUUGUUCGCUGCGUCUGGUCGAUUGUCAGCUGUGAUUUGUGUGUGCAGAGAUUCACAGACCAGCAUUUAGUCCAGCAAUCAAUCUAACUUGAAGCCGCGAGCUUCAGCUCCUCCUGCAGCCAUUUGUUGUUGUCUUUUCAGCUUGUUGCAGACAGAAAGAAUAUAUAAAAAGUUCCAGUGUGAAUUAAACUAACCACCUCUUGACAUUUACACAAGUACAGUAUAUAUUUUUAUUACCAAGCUAUUGUGCUUUUGUGUCAAAAUGUGACAAAAAAAAUCGAUAUGUAUUUUAGAAAUGCUGAAUUGUGCAUCUCAGGUAUUACUUUGUCUCUCAAUUCAAACAGAUUUUUGAAUUUAAAUUUGCCACAAGGACGAUAAUGUAGUUGCAGAUCACGUUUUUAAGUAGCUAUUGUGUUGAAGAUUGGUUGUAAAGACAGACUGAUGACAGAUGACAAAGAUACAGUGAGCUACUUUCCACCAUGCACCAAAGAGCCAUCCAUUUCUAAUUGAAUGGCUAUUUCCUUGCUGAAAAACUGUGUUGAUGCAUCAACGGUAUUGAGCCGUAAAAUCCAGUUGUUAAGGUGGUUAAGGUGAAAUCCAACCUUCCCUGCGAUCUUCGGAACUCAUCCAGCAGCGAUGUUGUGCUGUCGCUUGUGUCGCAUUCAAACGUGGUCUCGCUAUCUUUCUUAGUGCCUUUACGUGCCUUUUUUUCUGUGUUUGUUUGCUUUUCUCCCCUCCAUCGUUGGUCCGUCGCUAUCAAACACCUUUGAAUGUUUCUCCGCUAGGUGAGCCGACGAACGCGGCUCGCUCAGUGCUUCGUAAAAACCCUCACUUGUGACUGAAUCUAUGCGAGUUCCAAACAUGGAAUGGAUUUAAUGCAAUAAAGAGCAAGAAGGCUCCUGAGUGUGUAAAUGAAUCCAAACCACUUGAGAGGAUUAAAAAAAAUGCUAAAAAGAAGACAACGGAAUGGUUAAAACUAACCAACUGCUGUUGGUUCUGUGAUGUUUGUGCCAAUAGAUGCAAAAGUAGUGACUUUAACAGCAAGGACAUGUUUGGAAGUAAAAAUUCCUCACCUGAAAAAAAAAUUACUGAAGAAACUGUAUUGACAUGUGAGUUUAACAAAAAUAACACUGGAUGGGUGUUGAAUGCAAAGGCUGGCAAAGAUUUAUAAACAAACAAUUAUGCAAAGUUGAUUUUGUUUUAUAGGAAUGUUAUGACAAAAAACUAGAACCUUGAAAACCUGUUUUUUAGUUUUCUUUUAGGUUUCUCUUGAUGUUUACCUCUGCUUCAUCAUUAACUAAAGAAUCGUGUUAAAUGUUCAGCUCAAGGCACUUUCCUAUUGUAGUAAAUAAAUUUCUCUAUUUGAGCUCAA